AUGGACAGAUACGGUGAAAGAAUGGUGGAAGUGGUACCAACAGCUCCGGUGGUGGCGUCUCCGGUAGAGCUUUCCCCGGUUGCAGUGGCGCCCUCAAACUGGCUUGCCAGCCUCCCUACAGAGCUCCUCAUCAUUAUAUUCUCGCACCUCGACCCAACGUCGCUUCGACGAAUCGCUCUCGUUUGCAAAUCCUGGUACCGUCUGACAUGUGAUAAUAUUGUAUGGCGACAGAUCUUUCGCGUGAGAUUCCCACUGGUUGGAGAGACGUUCACGUCUGUUAUUCGUACAGCGUUCUGGCGUCAGGAGCUGAUAUGCCGUGAAACACUCAUCAAGACCUGGUACAGGGGUAGGGCCACCAGGAGAACAUACACUUUGGCCCAGGCACUCGGCCAGGUGUCUGAUUGCUAUGCAGAUUUCCUUAGAGACCGGUUUGUGGCGUUUGAUGCCAAUUCCGGCCGUUUGGCAGAGUGUCGUAUGGCCUCUGGUCAUGGUGUGUCGGCUGAAUCAUGUUCCAUACCCGGUGGAACUACUGCCUAUUCGACGGGUCGUCAUUUCUUUCUUUUUGGCCGUUGGGAUGGAGCGAUUUUUGGGUCUCUUGUUGAUCAUAAGAACAUUCUUUUGAAUGGUCUACAUCAAUUUCAGCCAGAUAAGCAUUCGUCCAUGGUAACUGCGGCUCAUGUUUGUCCCGGAGAAUUAGGUAAGCCUGGUUACGUGGGUGCAUUUACUGGAGAUCAACAGGGAAAUGUGUUUGGAUGGGACUUACGUGAGGGAAAGUGUCUAGUAAAAGUGGCUGUUAACAGUUCUGCGAUUGUUAAAAUCUCAUCUGAUGGACGUUCCAAUCUUGUUGUACUUUCAGCAAACGGAGAUCUCAAUCACGUAACUGGUUCUUUCCAAAGGCGUUCUCAAACGACCAAAAUAUGUACUUUUUUGACCACACCUUCUGUCAACCAGGCCAAUUCUGUCUCUAUAAACAUGUUGGUGGACUAUGGUGGUGGCAACGUGGUUCUUUUCGAUGAUCUCAAACUGGAAAUCUAUUCCUUUGUCGGUUCGAGACAUGUCUUGCAAUUGCAGCCGGGAGAACAGAUCUUCAGGGCCUCUUUAGAGGAAAACCAGCAUAGAUAUCAGAAAAAAGAUGACAAGUUGGUUGGUGGAGAUCCCCUUUUCAUGGCUGUUCUUCUUCGUUCAGGUACCGUUCUAGUAGUCAACGUGAGAGAAACUGAAUAUCACGUUAUUCCUGCGACAAGAUUUGUUCCCCAGAUGGUUGGUCAACUUCCUCCCGAUGAUACGCUUCCUCCUGUCUGUGCGGUAACUUUAAAUGCCCUAGUGAUUCUUGUAGGAUCACGUGAUGGCCGUGUGGAGAUGUAUGACAUAGUAACGGGCGAUUUCUGUCGUAAAGUGAGUGAGAGAGUAGGAAAGAGGAUUCUAGCCAAUUCUAUUGGUCGAGCGGAGUCAAUACCGGUUUCUCGGAUACUGAUUGAUGAGAAAUUGGCCGCUGGAGUGGUUGUUUUAGGGCCUAUUGUACAGUUUUUCAAGUUUGGAGACUUCUAUAAGGAGUUGGAGAACGGUAGAGGAGGCAGAAAGUCGUAUAGUAAGGAGAAGAAGCGUUCUGUAGAUGAAGUUCAGACAAGAAUUGAUGACUACGAAUACCAAAGAGAUCAGAGGGACAGAGAGUAUGAUAUGUUUAUUAAAUAUAAUGGAGAGGGAGCUGGUGACGAUCCCGAAGAGGAGCAGCUUGAGCUGGCCCUGGCAUUGAGUGCAUCUAUACAGGAUCGAUGA